UCGUCACGUCCGCUUCCUGAUAAAAACUGGGAAUGGGAUUAUUGUCAUCGCAAUAAAUAGAACGUUUCGGGGUGUUUGAAUUUAAUUUUAACGAUGGCGAUGUCACCUUUUCAUAAAGUUACACUUGUAUCUUGUUUAUUUCUUUCUCUGUCUUUGCUGCUUCCUAAAAUGCUGUUAUCCAGAGGGAAAAAGGACCUGGGGCAGCCGGAGGUUGGGCCUGGGCGAUUACCUCCCAUGAUGCAACGGCAAAACAAGGCAGAGGGCCAAGCACACCUGGGACCUGGGCAGCCCUAUUCAAAGGCUCAUAGCCCAGAGGCCUAUGUCAAGGUUAAGACGAGGCCUGUAGGGGCUGUGGGGGGAGGGAAGGCCAGCCUCGUGGGACAGAUCCUUCCCAUCUAUGGCUUUGGGAUUCUCCUCUAUAUCCUGUACAUCCUCUUCAAGAUCACAUCAAAGGGAAGAAACACAACAGCGCUUCACAGAUGCCCAGUGGUGAAUUCAGGCAACCUUGGAAAAAACAUGCCUGAAUUCGAGCUGGGAAAGCUUCAGGAGAAGCUGAAGGAGACAGAGGAAGCCCUGGAACAGAUAGUGUCGAAAGCAGGCCGCAAUUCCAAGAGGGUCAAAAACAUCCCCCUGCCGCAGGAAGAGAGGCUGCUGCAGCAGCUGAAGGAAGUCACCCGCAUGAUGCAGGAGAGCCGCCUGGUGGGGGCGCUGUCCCCCGAGAUGGAGGCAGAGCAGACACAUUAUGCAGAUGGCUGGGAAGGCUACCCCGAGGAAACCUACCCGCAGUAUGAGGAGCCCUGCAGGAGCCAGCGCGAUGGCACCAUCAUCAUGGAGGAGCUGGGAAAUUGGCUGCCCACAGCAGAAGAGCAGGCUGAACGAAUGGAAGUGGAGGAGGAUGAGCAGGAGUCGUCGUCUAUGAAUAGAGGAGAGGGGGUGAAGGAUGACCAGAAUAGAGUAGACAGUGAGGGGGAGCAAGAGGAGGACCUGGAUGGAGUAGACGAAGGAGAUGAAGACGAGGACUUGGAUGGAGAAAAUGAUGAGAAGGAAGGAGGGGAAGAUGAAGAUUCUGAUGGAGUCCACCAGGGGGAGAUGGAGGGCAGGGAGAGAGAGGAGUAUUCAUGUCUAUUAGCAGGAGCUCGGAGCCCCAUGAGAGAAAGGGAGGUGGAAGAGGUGCCCAUGAGGGCAGCACAGGGAAGGAAGGAAGGGAAGCGGAUCAGCUUCAGCGACAUCAAAAUGGUGUUCUGCUACUCGGUGGAGAGCUCUGACUCAAACAACAACAUCCAGGAGACAAAGGAAGAUGAGGAGGAUGAGGAGGACGAUGAAGAGGAUGAUGAGAAGGACCCCAUCAUCAUAGCAGAGAACCUGAGGUUUAACUGCGAGGCUUCUAAUGAAGUAGAGGAUGAAGAGGAUGAGCAGGAGUUCCUCCACACGACUGAUUCUGAGGCAGAAGGAAGUGCCUCAGAUACCGAGAGAGCUGAGGCGUUAGGCUUUGGCACACUCCGGAAGCGCAGCAGGAGGGAGCCGGCAUAGCACUUCUCCAUCAGCCUCUGCAGUGUGGACCAGCCCUAUUCAACCCUCUGACCACCUGAGUUCAGUUUCCCAACCUGGUCCUUGAGGUUCCCCAGACAGUCCACAUUGCUGGGAGGGAGCAAAAACAUGAACUGUCUGGGGUUGCCCAAGGACUGGGUUGGGAAACACUCCUUUAAGCCCUUUGUCCUGAACCUGCAUCCGCCUCAUUUUCAGGCAACCUGGCAGAGGAGGAAUUAUCAGUCUGGGAGCCAAGCUGGGAGCAUUUCCCAGUAUGAAAAUGAAAUUAAUUAGAAAGUUGCAUAUAUCAUGUCACAUCUGGCAGUAGUUUAUUCUGACAGUAUAGCUUAACUUAACUUGCCAGUCGUUAAAUAAAAAAUACAGGGAUCCAGAGGGGGAGGUCACUAGCCUGUUGACUAAAGAAGUGGAAGGCUGAUCCCCCCACCCUGGGAGCGAAUUUUCAUUUUACAGAGUGAUUUUGGAGAAUGCUUAUAUUCAUGAGAGAAGUUACCUGAUUGGCUGGUGAACUGUCUAAGGCAUUCACUGGCCAAUAAAGUAGCGCUUCUGUCAUGAAUAUUAAUGAGUUUUUCAGUCCACCCUAUAAAACGAAAAUUUGCCCAAGACACCUCUUACCACGGAGGGCAGCCUCAUCCAACCCACUUGUGUGUAGCAGUCGGUCUGCUCCCUGGCCUUGUCAUCGUGGGAAAGUUCUCGCCCUAUCCCUGGAGAUACCCCACAGCGAAGCACGACCUGAAUUACUCCAACAGAACACCCAGCAUUACAAAUGGAAGUCACUUUGGGUGGGAUGGACAAAAAAUUGAGUUUUGCUCAUGAUUGAAAUCUUAACCUUUUGUGAGUUUUAUAUCUUUACCCGCAUGUCAAAAUUAGUUAUCACUUGACUUUUUUUUUCAUACCUCGUGCUAUGUCUUGUUGUUUUAACCUUAGGUUUUAAAAUAGUUACGGACGCAUUUUUUGUUUAAAUAUUAAUUGUGUACUUAGUUCUGUGCCACUGUUAAAUGUUAUAUUGGCAGUGAUAUGUAGUUUUUCUAGUUUUCACUGUCAUAAAACCAACUACAGGAAGGUUGGUAUUUCAUUAGAAUAAAAUUUUAUUUUGUAUAUUA